AUGGGUACGAGAAAGCCAGGCGACACAAAAGGCUGCGGAAUACUUGUAUGCAACUCCCGACAAAAUGCCUUUCAGGGAAAGUGGAAAUACUUAGUUGCUGCACCAGUUUCCGAUAAGGAUUUACGUAAAGCCACAGAAAAAUUUUUUGAAGGUCCAUGCCAGAUGGCCCACCGCCGGCGACAUCCUGAGCUCGUCCCCGCAGUUACUGACCGUGAAAAUAUCACUAUCAAGCCAGGGAAAUCUCACCCCAUCAAACAGAUUUCCCUAACAAAACGACCACCGUUAGACGAGCUAAGCAACAAACUUAUCGAUAACAAACCCAAAAUCAAGAAGUCAGACCCCGCCCAAGACCAAAAAGAAGCCCCAAAGCCCGUCCAACCAGCAAAAAACGAAAACCACUCCAUCGUCAAAGCCUUCUCUUCUUCCCAAUUAACAACUAUUCUUGAACAUGACCCUAAAAUCUACAAUCACCCGCAAAUGGCAUCAGAAUAUCAGGACGAUAUUUUUAAAUAUCUCCACGAACUGGAACUGAAGAAGUACACUGUACCCAACCCUCAUCCAUGCGACUUUGACCAUAUUUUUCAAGACGGUCUCCCCUACCCCAUAAAACCGAAUUUUCUGGAAGACCAUCAGUCGACGCCUCGAAUGCGUGCCAUUUUAGUAAACUGGUACCUCCAAGACAACACUCAGGUGGGCAAAGAAAAUUUGCAGCUAGUGGGAGCUUCGGCUCUAUUGAUUGCUUCUAAAUACGAAGAGACGCACUACCCGGAAGUCGAGAAUUUCGUGUAUAUAUGUGACAACAUGUUGGCGGUUCGACAGACUUACCAGGAUGACAGGAUGACACCUCUCCUUGACACUAACUUUUCACCCCUUUUUCGUGAACAACGACACCCCAAAACUUCCGUGUCUUUCUUUCUCGACCUUCUCUCGUCGCCGUCUCAAAACCCCAAGCCACGCUCUUCUCGAACCUUCCAGCUCCUACCCCCCUACUCUCUAAAUGCGCGCGCUAUUUAA